AUGGACAGCGCUCUCAAACCCACAUCCAGGCCUUUGGAUGCCGCUGGCUUCUGGAAAGUCUGGCAGCGCUUUGAUGCUGAUGAAAAAGGUUACAUAGAAGAAAAGGAGCUUGAUGAUUUCUUUCACCAUAUGUUGACAAAACUGGGCACUGAUGAUGCACUCAUGGAAGAAAAUAUGCACAAAGUGAAACAGCAACUUACGACAGCCCAUAAUAUCUCUAAAGAUGGCCGCGUACAGAUGAAGCAGCUUUCUAGUAUGUUUUUAUCUGAGGAUGAAAACUUUCUACUGCUCUUUCGCCUGGAAACCCCCUUGGACAGCAGUGUCGAGUUCAUGCAGAUUUGGCGCAAGUAUGAUGCGGACAGCAGUGGCUUCAUAUCAGCUGUGGAGUUGCGUAACUUCCUCCGAGACCUCUUCCUCCAUCACAGCAAGGCUGUUUCUGAAGCUAAACUGGAAGAAUACACGGGCACCAUGAUGAAGAUUUUUGACAAAAAUAAAGAUGGUCGAUUGGAUCUGAAUGACUUGGCCAGAAUUCUGGCCCUUCAGGAAAACUUCCUUCUCCAAUUUAAAAUGGAUGCUUGUUCUACUGAAGAAAGGAAGAGGGAUUUUGAAAAAAUCUUUGCCCACUAUGAUGUUAGUAAAACUGGAGCCCUGGAAGGUCCAGAAGUGGAUGGAUUUGUCAAAGACAUGAUGGAGCUUGUUCAGCCCAGCAUCAGCGGUGUGGACCUUGAUAAGUUCCGGGAGAUUCUCCUGCGCCACUGCGAUGUGAACAAGGAUGGAAAAAUUCAGAAGUCCGAGCUGGCUUUGUGUCUUGGGCUGAAACUCAACCCCUGAUUGUCUUGCAGCUUUGCCCUGUCCUCUGAUUGUGUUUCUGAGUGCUGUGAGAAUCUUAUCUGUGCUUUGCUACUGGGGACUCGGUGGUUAUUCUGAAUCAAUGGGAGGGCUUCUGAGGCACUUCUUCCGGUGGCCAGGCAAUCCUGCUUCUCUGCUAGCUCCCAACCCCAGAAAGAUUGUGUUGUUUCCCCUUGACCCUGAGCUUC